AUGUGCGGGACAUUUGCUUCGUUGACCGGCAGUGCACUCAUAAUCAUUUGUCGCGAAAGUCUAAGCACCAAGCCAAGUUUAAGAGAGGGAUUCUUUCUUUUGUUUUUUUUUUCCGCGAGAUUUUUUUCAUGCGCCAUCGAACGAUUGUACGGUAUAUCGGUAUACGGUAUACGUUUUCGAGUUUUACCAUUAACGAUCCAAUCGAUAUACGAAAUUGUCGGGAUAGUGCGUUCUAUUGUGGUUAAUGUAAGGGAAUUGUUGGGGAUCUGUAUUUUCUAUAUGCGAUAACUCCUUAUCGCAUCUUUCUGUAUAUUUGUUUGUUUUUUUUCUUUUUUUUUUUUUUUUUUUUUUUUUUCAAAUUUCUAUAGAUCUCGCACUUUAUCGCACAAUUUCUUGAUAAUGGUUUAUUACUUUUCUCAUAUGUACGUAGCUGCGUGUACAGAGGAGAUAAAGUCAUUAAUAGCUAUAAGUUUGGAAUAAACAAUAUAGACGGUCAAUCAGCUACAUUGAUCAAGACGCUUAGAACUAGUAAUUAUUCUGAAAGUAUGGCUCUACCUAGUCGAGCCCGUGUAUAUGCUGAUGUAAAUUCACAUAAGCCGAGAGAAUAUUGGGAUUAUGAAUCAUAUGUUGUUGAUUGGGGGCAACAAGACGAUUAUCAGUUAGUAAGAAAAUUGGGCAGGGGUAAAUAUAGUGAGGUAUUUGAAGCAGUAAAUGUAACUAACAAUGACAAAUGCGUAGUGAAGAUACUGAAGCCUGUUAAAAAGAAGAAAAUAAAAAGGGAAAUUAAAAUUUUAGAAAAUCUUAAAGGAGGAACAAACAUCAUCACUCUUCAAGCUGUUGUGAAAGAUCCUGUUUCAAGAACACCAGCAUUGAUCUUCGAGCAUGUCAACAACACAGACUUCAAGCAGUUAUACCAGACCCUAACUGACUAUGACAUAAGAUACUACCUCUACGAGUUAUUAAAAGCUUUGGAUUAUUGUCAUAGUAUGGGAAUUAUGCACAGGGAUGUGAAGCCGCACAAUGUUAUGAUAGAUCAUGAAAACCGAAAGUUACGGUUAAUUGACUGGGGUUUAGCAGAGUUUUAUCAUCCUGGUCAAGAGUACAAUGUACGAGUAGCCUCCCGCUAUUUUAAAGGUCCAGAAUUACUUGUAGAUUAUCAAAUGUAUGACUACUCAUUAGAUAUGUGGUCGUUAGGAUGCAUGCUGGCGAGCAUGAUUUUCAGGAAAGAACCGUUUUUUCACGGACACGACAAUUAUGACCAAUUAGUGCGAAUAGCGAAAGUGCUUGGUACUGAAGAACUCUUUGAAUAUCUUGACAAGUAUCACAUUGAACUCGAUCCUCGUUUUAACGACAUCCUAGGUCGGCAUUCCCGUAAACGCUGGGAACGCUUUGUACAUUCGGAAAAUCAGCAUCUAGUGUCGCCGGAAAGUUUGGAUUUUCUUGACAAGCUCUUGCGUUAUGACCAUUAUGAGAGACUAACUGCGCGCGAAGCAAUGGAGCAUCCUUACUUUUAUCCUAUAGUAAAAGAACAAGGUCGGUUGCAAAUGGUGUCAUCAUCACCUACUCCCAUGACAGGCUCAGUGCCUGUAGGUGAGUAGCGGCCCAGAUCGUGGUGUUACAAUGAGCAGCGUAUCGGUUCAUGGGACAAACGGAUUGGAAAGCAUGGAGGAAAUCGGAAGCGGGUGUUUGACCCCUUCGGAAGAACUGCCUCAACUUUUAUAAGUUUAGCAAUUCUGAACAACCCAACUCUCUCAAUCUACUACAGAAUAUAACAAUGCGACCGAAAAUAUCUCUUAACGUCAUAUGUUUCAUAUUCACAUUCUUCUUUGCACCAAAAUUGUUCUGGUUUGUAUAACAAAAAAACAAAACAAAAAAACAAAAAAAAAACGGCUUUAUCAAUCCCGCCAUUAAGACUGAAGUAUCUUACUUUGCUGUGUCUUCUUUAAAAAACAAAAAAAAAAAAAACAAUC